AUGGUGCUUUCCCCAUACAUAUUGGCCAUGCAGGAAUUAUUUCGGGCCAACACGCACAGCCGCGAAUUCCCCACACAUGGGGCGAAGGUGCACUCGGUGGCCUGGAGCUGCUGUGGCCACCACUUGGCUUCGGGCUCCUUCGACAAGACGGCCAGCGUCUUCGUGCUCGAAAAGGACUGCCUGGUAAAGGAGAAUAACUACCGUGGCCAUGGAGACAGUGUGGAUCGGUUAUGCUGGCACCCUAGUAACCCAGAUUUAUUUGUCACUGCAUCUGGAGACAAAAUCAUCCAUAUAUGGGAUGUCUGCACCACUAAGUGCAUUGCCACUGUGAACACCAAAGGGGAGAACAUAAAUAUUUGCUGGAGCCCUGAUGGGCAGACUAUUGCAGUAGGGAACAAGGAUGAUGUGGUCACCUUCACUGAUGCAAAAACACAUUGGUCCAAAGCUGAGGAGCAGUUCAGGUUUGAGAUGAACGAGAUCUCCUGGAACAAUGACAACAACAUGUUUUUCCUCACCAAUGGCAAUGGCUGCAUCAACAUCCUCAGCUAUCCAGAGCUGAAACCUUAA